CAGUAGACCAGAAACACACAUCGCAUACAAGAAGGGACACAUAUAAACUCAAACAGCGAUUGUUUCCUGUUAUUUUUUAGAUUAAUUUUGCUCAAAGUAAUCGAAGCAAGAUGCCUUUCCUCGGACAGGACUGGAGGUCACCGGGUCAGAAUUGGACUAAGACCGAGGAAGGAUGGAAGAAGACGACAGCAGACGAGAAAAACAACAAUGUCUCCGUGGAGAGCUUCUGCAAAGCCGAGGAGGAGGAGUGUUUCAACAAGGAGAACCUGCUGAUCUCUCUCAGCUACGACAUGGCUGCCAAGAAGAGGAAAAAAGACCAAAUGAACAACAACACCAAGGUCCCCUAUUUCCACAGGGAGAAGUGGAUUUAUGUUCAUAAAGGAAGCACCAAAGAGCGCCACGGAUAUUGUACACUGGGAGAAGCCUUCAACCGCUUAGACUUCUGCAGCGCCAUCAAGGACACGAGGAGAUUCAAUUACGUCGUCAGACUUCUGGAGCUUAUCGCCAAGUCCAAGCUGCCCUCGCUCAGCGGAGUGGCGCAGAAAAACUACAUGAAUAUUCUGGAGAGAGUGGUUCAGAAAGUUCUGGAUGACCAGCAGAACGUCCGUCCCAUCAAGGAGCUGCUGCAGAUGCUCUACUUCUCGCUGUGUGGUCUCGUCCAGGACAUGGGCAAAUCCGUCCUGGUGGGGAACAUCAACACGUGGCUGCACCGCAUGGAGAACAUCCUGCAGUGGCUACUGCAGCUGGAGAACAUCCAGAUCAAAAGGCCCACGUCUACAGGCAUGAGUCUGACUGACCUGCCUGUUAGUCUGCAGCUGAACAUCAUGCAGCGUCUGACAGACGGCAGGGACCUGGUCAGCCUGGGUCAGGUGUGCCCCGAGCUGGGGCCCCUCACCGAGGACCGGCUCCUGUGGAAGAGACUCUGCCAGUACCACUUCACAGACAGACAGAUCCGAAAGCGCCUGAUGGUGUCAGACAAAGGUCAGCUGGAGUGGAAGAAGAUGUACUUCAAGCUGAGCCGCUGCUAUCCUCACAGAGAGGAGUACAUCGACACCCUGCACUUCUGCACACACUGCCACAUCCUUUUCUGGAAGGAUACAAACCAUCCCUGCACAGCCAACAACCCUGACAGUUGCACCAUGGCCCUCUCCCCACAGGGCUUUAUCAACCUUUUUAACUUCUGACCCCUCCCCCUAAAAUCCAGAUGAACUUACUGUACAUACUGUACAUAGAAAUGUACAAUUUUGUUUUAUAGCACAAUGAAUUCCUGGAUGUGUAUUUUGUUGAGGCGUGCUGGAGGGGCCUCAGGCAGUGGGACGAUUUUGCAAUUGAGUUUUAUUUUUUUGUUUUUGAAAGAGUGCAGACCUCUGAGAGAGUUCCAGUUGAAAGCGAGUGAAUGUGACGGAGAGGAAAAGAGAUGUAGCCUGUGGAUGGAGGAUAAAGGGAACACUUUGCUGUCAGGGUUUAGUCUUAGUUUAUUGUGCUUUUUCAAAGGACACCUCCAAAGUAAACACAGCUCUUGACCUCAGAUGUGUGCACUUGUUUUUCCCAAAUUUGGGAGUUCGUUUUAAUUUUUGUUGGGUUUUCAAACCUUGAAAUGUUCGAACACAGGAAGUAAGAUUAUUCAAACCUGUUUUGAAAUGUGUCCUGCUUACAUGGGAAGAUGCAAUGCGUUUGAGGAAGUUUGCAAUAUUGUUCUGUCUGGCACUGGGACGUAGAGACGUACAGUAAAUCUUGAGUUGCUGCGGUAAGAGAUAUUAAGCAUGGGAGUCCGUUAUUGAUCAUUAGACUGAUGAUUCUAUGAUAUGUUGACGCACCACAUUUUCUAUUUAACUUUAGUUGUUUUUCACUUUUAUAAAGAUUUGAUAUGACUGUUUUUUUUUAAUGUUGUGUUCAUUUUCUCAUGUAACUGCUAUAGCAACAGUGCUUGAGUACAGUAUUACCAAAGAUUGUAACCGUAGUCAGUAUAACGAUGGCAUGUGUCUUAUCAUGAAACUUGAAACAGGUACAGCUAUCUUCUUGUUUGCUUUCCCAUCCUGAUGCUUUUUUUUAGUUGUAAUCAUCAGCAGCUAAUGUCUCAUUUACAGAAGUCUUUUAAAUUGGCUGUCUGAAGCAACUUAUUUUUCUGUAAUAUUAGUUUAUUUUACCCAGACUUUCCUCUAUUACUGUGCAGGCAGUGAGGAAUAAUGUACAUGCUAUGCAAUGCAUUCUCUUCAUGUUCUGUUGAAUAAAAAAAAAGAAGAAAAAGAA